UGGAGGGGGAGAGGUGGCUGAGGCCCGGCUGCCGCGGCCGGCGGGGCACGGCUGUCAGCCGCAGCCCUUCCUUCCCGAGCUGGGAGCCACGGGUCGGGCGUGGAGGUUUGAGGAGAGCUGUGGGCGUGGAGGUCUGAGGAGAGCUGCGGCCGGGAGUGGAGGGCAAGUUUGUCAAAGAUGAAAGUGACCUUAUCAGCUUUGGAUACCUCUGAGAGUUCUUUUACCCCUUUGGUAGUCAUAGAACUGGCUCAGGAUGUCAAAGAAGAAACCAAAGAAUGGCUGAAAAACAGAAUUAUUGCUAAAAAGAAAGAUGGAGGUGCUCAGUUGUUGUUCAGGCCAUUGCUCAAUAAGUUUGAGAAAGAAACACUAGAAAACCAGAACCUGUACCUCGUUGGUGCCUCCAAGAUUCGAUUGUUGCUGGGGGCCGAAGCCGUGGGGCUGGUGAAAGAGUGCAAUGACGAUGCCAUGAGAGCCUUCACAUACGGAACGCGACACAACUUCAAAGGUUUUGAUGAUAACAAUGAUGAUUUCCUCACGAUGGCAGAGUGCCAAUUCAUCAUCAAGCAUGAACUUGAAAAUCUGAGAGCUAGAGAUGAAAAAAUGAUCCCUGGUUACCCGCAGGCAAAGCUGUAUCCAGGGAAAUCAUUAAUGAGAAGAUUACUCACAUCUGGCAUUGUGGUGCAGUUGUUUCCGCUGCAUGACAACGAAGCCUUGAAGAAGCUCGAGGACUCCUGGUACACCCGCUUGGCUUUGAAGUAUCAGCCCAUAGACAACAUUCGUGGCUACUUCGGAGAAACAAUCGCUCUUUACUUUGGGUUUUUGGAAUAUUUCACUUUCGCCUUAAUCCCCAUGGCCGUCAUUGGGUUGCCUUACUACCUGUUUGUGUGGGAAGACUAUGACAAGUAUGUGAUCUUCGCCUCCUUCAACCUGAUCUGGUCCACGGUGAUCCUGGAGGUGUGGAAGCGCGGCUGUGCCAACAUGAGCUACAGGUGGGGGACUCUGGUCAUGAAGAGGCAGUUUGAGGAGCCCCGGCCAGGCUUCCACGGGGUCCUGGGGGUCAACUCGGUCACCGGCAGGGAGGAGCCUCUCUACUCCACCUACAAGAGGCAGAUGCGUAUUUACCUCGUCUCGCUGCCCUUCGUGUGCGCCUGCCUCUACUUCUCCCUGUACGUCAUGAUGAUCUACUUCGACAUGGAGACCUGGGCCUUGGGGCUGCAUGAGAGCAGCGAGUCGGAGUGGACCAGCCUCUUGCUGUACGUGCCCAGCAUCAUCUACGCCAUCGUGAUUGAGAUCAUGAACCGCCUCUACCGUUACGCCGCCGAGUUUCUGACUUCCUGGGAGAACCACAGAUUGGAGUCUGCCUACCAGAAUCAUCUAGUUCUGAAGGUCUUAGUGUUCAACUUUCUAAAUUGCUUUGCUUCGCUCUUCUACAUCGCCUUUGUCCUGAAGGAUAUGAAGCUUUUACGCCAAAGUUUGGCUACUCUCCUGAUUACCUCUCAGAUCCUUAACCAGAUUGUGGAAUCCCUUCUUCCUUACUGGCUGCAAAGGAAACACGGGGUGCAGCUCAAGAGGAAGGUGCAGGCGCUAAAGGCAGACAUCGAUGCUCCCUUGUAUGAACAAGUCAUCCUAGAGAAGGACAUGGGGACUUACCUGGGAACCUUCGAUGACUACCUGGAGUUAUUUCUGCAGUUUGGUUAUGUGAGUCUUUUCUCCUGUGUUUACCCGUUAGCAGCUGCCUUUGCUGUGUUGAAUAACUUCACUGAAAUCAAUUCAGAUGCCUUAAAGAUGUGCAGGGUCUUCAAACGUCCAUUCGCAGAACCUUCGGCCAAUAUUGGUGUAUGGCAGUUGGCUUUUGAGACAAUGAGUGUUAUAUCUGUGGUCACUAACUGUGCGCUGAUUGGAAUGUCACCACAAGUGAAUGCCCUCUUUCCUGAGUCAAAGGCAGACCUCAUUUUGAUCGUGGUAGCAGUGGAGCACGCACUCCUGGCUUUGAAGUUUAUACUUGCGUUCGCCAUCCCUGAUAAACCACGGCAUAUCCAGAUGAAACUGGCCAGAUUGGAAUUUGAGUCAUUGGAGGCACUUAAGCAGCAGCAGAUGAAGCUUGUGGCCGAGAACCUCAAGGAGGAGCCCAAGGAAGCCAGGCAGGAGACAACGACCUGAGUGCCAGCCAGCCGCCCUGCCCCUUCAGGUCCUUCCUGUGCCCCACACACUUCCUCUGCAUCGUGCUGCACCGCGACCUCACAGAAGGUGACAGCCACUCCCGACCUCACCAUGGCCCAGCAACUAUGGCAGGGUGCUGCUUGUGCACCGUGCAUGUCAUAGAAGCCCAGAGGCGAAGGUGGGCGAAGGUGGGCUCCGCUGGGUGCUGCAGUGAGUGAACUGAGGUGCCCCCACCCCACUGGCUCCCCCUCCCCUCCACUCCUGUUCUGUCAGCAAACUUACCGCACACAUGGUGGUCACCGAGCUAUUAAAACCUGCACCUCUCUGUUCCUGCGUGCCUUCCCAUGCUCUGAGCCCCAGAUCAGGUGGUGCCUCGUGCAGUGGUGAGGUGGUGGCAGAGGAGGGGCUUGGCCUGAGGUGGGCACCAGAGGUGGCAGCUGAAAUGGGGGCUCUCCCGUGGGGGGCACCGGGCUGUGGUCACAAGUGCACCAAACCCACUGCGCCAGGCAAUGGGCCAGCUGCCCUGACUCUGCCAUAGGACUGGAGGCUACAGAGGGGGGUUCGCCCAUCUGGCAAUGCUGUCCCCCUUCCAAGCUGUGUCAGGGAUGGGGGCUUCCCUUCUUCAUGAGCAGAGGCUAUGACUACAAGGCCCCUGGCUGGCCUUUUGCCAUGGCCCAGCUGUGAGGAAUACUCUGGAGCCAAGGCCAAUCUUCCUGUCCAUCCUGCCAGCAGCGUGAGCCAGGCCAGGGCCUGCUGUCCCCCGGCACAGGCUGCUGAGGUCGUGGGGCCCAGGGGAAGGUGGGCAGGUAAGGGGACAGCAUGCUCCUCCCUGGUGCCAGCUCUGGGCACAACCCUGCUCUUACCAGCUGCCAUUACCUGCGGCAUGGACUCCUGGCAUCGGCCUUGGCCCUGCCCUUCCCCAGGCAGCAGUGGGCACGUUCUGCCUGCAGUCUCCGGAACAGCCUUGUGUCAGUGCGUGGCAGCCACCAACACAGGCCUGAGGCCCUAGGGCCAGAGCUUCGUCCUGGCCUGGUUCCUGUGCAUGCUGCAGGACGAGAGUUGAAAUGAGGGCCUUGACCCCAAAUCCCUGUCUCACCACACUGGUUUGCGGGGGAACAACCACGUGAGUAAGGUUGGUGGGAAAGCAGCAGGUCCUGGAGGCCCCAGCCUCCCUGCCCUCAGGACUGCCCUGCGCAGCAUCUGCACCUGUGCCUGAGCUGGAGCCCAGCCAGGAGCACCACCGGGGCUGAUGGACACGGGGAAGAGUCAGGCUGCAUUGCUGUGGCUGAUCUCUUGGGGUCCCGGCAUACCUAGGUGACGGUGUUUGUCUUCUAACCGCCCCUGGAAGCCAGCCAGGAGUAGGCCAACCUGCAGUCUGCUCCCCUGGGUAGCUCUCAGCAUCUGAAAGCACUGCCCUACCCCUGCCCCCAGCUCUCCCGGCCACUGACCUGAUGCACUGGUGACCUGGCUGUGCCACCUUUGACUACUCCCCGACACUGUGGCCACCAUUCCAAGGAGAACGUGCCACAGUUCUCCCCAACACCCUGAAGGCUUACAGGUUAUUCCUAGUCCACCCUGUCCCCAAAGGCUGGGAGACCCCUGCUCAUCCACAGCCUGGUGAGGGAGUGACCCAGCAGGCAAGGCUGUCUGCCAAGGGCAUGGGCACCAGGUCCAUGCCCUGCACCUCUUGGAUGAGGGCCUGCAACUCAGGGGGGUGGGGUUCGGCCACACUAGGAGACCUGAGGGGUCUGGGGAUGCCAAGCCCUUGCCUGCUCACCUUUCACAGGGAACAGAGAUCAUGGGCCAAGAUCCUUGGCAGCCUACAGAGGAUCGGCCCAGUUCCCGCACAGAGCACCUGAGUGCUGGGGCCAGCUGCCUGCGAGGCCCGAGGUGGCCUUCUGGAAGCCUCAGGGAGCAGCCCCUUCUCCCUGUGGCCACCAGCUCUACACUGCCCUGCCAAGGCUCCACAGGGGGCCCACAUGCCAAACCUGCCUGGGCAGGGCCCUGCACCCCAGGCCUAGAGCAGCCAGACCUCUAGCUCUGCUGUGCCUAGCUGUGGAUGGUGGCCAGGGACUGGUUGCCCCAACUGUCACACGUGCCCGACUCACCUGCCUGGAGCUGAGAUAAGCUGUCCUCGAGUUCCGUCUCGCAGCCUACUGCCUCCUCAUGCAGCCAUUGUAUGUCAAGGUCCGUGACGUGGACCCUGGGCCUCUGCAGGGUUGUGGCCUCAGGGCAGGCAGGCGGGCAGUCAGGCAGGGACCUGCUGUCUGUCUGAACGACUCCACUGCCAACCCCCCAUUAGGGGCGUACCGGCUGAGGCCUGAGAACCCAUUCGUGUUCCUGCAGAAGCAAUCAGGGCUACCCAGCCCUGCAGCCCAGCAGCCCAGCUUGGGAGCCCAGCCAUAACGUGCCCACGUCUGAGAGGUAAGCUAGGUGUCCGGGCCAUUGCCUUCUCCCCCUGCAGCUCCUGCUCUUCCAGCAGGAAGGCCAAGGCCACAGGACAGGGAUCGUCAAAUGCAUGCCCAACAAGAGCAGGACCUGCUGUGGUGCCUUAGAAGCAGCCAGACACCAGGGACUCAAGAGGGGCCUCGUGGAUCAGUUAGAUCAGGCCUCAUGGAUCACACCCAACUUGGGCAGCUUGGACAUGAGGGACUGGGACGUCUGGAACCUCAGGGAACUGGAGGAAGGGCCUGUCUGGCUUUUUCUGGUGCUGGGAAGGGGUCCACUAAGGCUGCAUGGCACCCAUCCAUCCCAGCUGCCAAAGUGAAGCGGCCCGAUGCGCUAACCCAGGGCCCCCAGCACAGCAACAGGCAGAGCUGGGCCUGCUGCAGAAGGCUGGUCAGGGCAGUGGCCUGGGAGGAGGGGAGGGGAGGGUCAAUGUGGGCAGGCCACAGCCUAGGGUCUUAGGGGCCACCACACAAGGACCAGGCCAUCUAGUCUGGGACAAGUUUGGGCCUGGAGGUCAGCCCUGCUUCACGUGGAGUGAGGGGAACGUGACUGAUCCUUCUGCCUUAAUCAACUGGAAAAGCAAGCAAAGUACGGGAAGCGACAGAACACACAGGAAACCAAGCGAGGAAUGGUCCAGGAGAGCAGCAGCGAUGGCUGAUGCAAGAGAAAGAGAGAGUGACCGGAGCAGAGUCCCCAGGGCUGCCGGAGAGACGGGACGGGGUCAUCCCCCAGGGCAGGACAGCACGUGAGUACUCGUGACAGAAGAACUGUGAAUGAGCAAGCCAGGGAGUGGAGUUCCCUGGGAGUGCCCAUGCGCAGCUGGUCACCGCCCUGACUGCCACUCAAGGAGAAACUCGGGCCUGGGAAGCAGGUAACUUUGACUCAGUUUUCUUUCCAAAGGAAUCAGGACACACAGAGGUAAGUAACCUACCCAAGACCACAGGCAUGAAAACUGUCUUCUAAUGAGGGGCUGGGGCCCAGGACAGAGCUUGGCUCAAGCACGGAGGGGAAGGACUGAGCAGGCAGCCCUGGCCUGGGGCCUCCCGCACACCUGCGCUCUGGCCUUGUCCCUCGGCACAGUGCUGUCACCCUCACGUCACAGGUGAGUGGCCGCCAGCUCCCCCCACCCCCAAUCUGAGACAACAAGGGAGCCAGGGUGACACCCUAGGCCUUUGUAAGAACUAGUUCACAUUAACCGAGGAACAAGGUUCCUGGAAUGCGACAUUGACCAAAGUUGCCCCAAUUACACAUGUAAGACCAGAGCAGUGUAGGAAAACAGCCUGGCAUGACACUGCUUCUCCAAAGGGCCUUUCUUGGCCAGGUUGACGGGCACAGCCCCUGCUCCAUGGCAGCCCUGGCGGAAGCAAUAAGGCCAUCACCACUCUGACAAACCCACCAUCCUGUUGGAUCCUUUCAGCAAGCAAGAAGUACGUGGCUGUGAUGUGGUUGUACCUGUUGGUUUCCAGGGCUCUGAAGAAAGCAAAGGGAGAUGCAGCCUGAGCCUUGCAGGCAGGUUGCUGCAGCAAGGCCUCAGAAGGACCAGUGAGUAAACUUCUAAACUUUGUGGGAAGUGCAGUCACUCUGCUGCCACUGACAACUGUGCACCAGGGCUCACGCACCAGCACCCCCAAGGCCAAGGUCUCUGAUGCUUGAUACCCAACUCAUGCCUGUGGGGACCACUAGUGGACCCCGACAUGAGGAGAAUGCUCCCACGGGAUCAAGGCCACAGUGUUCACAGCCACUGCUACCACAGCCAACUUGUUCACCCUACAAAAACAAGACAGGUUACAGCUGCGCCAGGCAUGAGCCCAGGAAUGCUAGAGGGGAGCGGCCCAGCUCCAGCCACAGGUCCUGCCCCGCAGCGCACACUUACUCCACGAUAGCAUCUCGGUCUGCGAUGUCGCCCAGCACCAUGCGCUGGAUGAUGCUGUUGUGCUCCUCUUCCGAGAGAUUUUUGUACGACACCAGGGGGAUGUUGUACUUGGUGGCUGGUGAAGGGUCCACUCCUUGAAGCCAAGCAUGAUUCUCGAUCUCCUCUAAAGAGGCCCUUUUCUUGGGAUCUCUCUGCAGCAUCCGGGUGAUCAGGCUGGAAAAAAGGGAGGACCACAGCUACAGCAAACCGUCCGCAAGGGUUCACGAUGCUGGCUCCUUUCACUGAACAUCCUCGCAGGAAUGAUGACAAUUUAGAGGCAGCAUUUCUUGUCAAAGAAAGAAGGCACAACGCCCUAUCAUCUAGCAUUCACUCUAAGUCUGACCACCUGUGCUUGAAUUAAGUGCCCGCUUAAUGGUGAGAUUCAAUGAUCAUCAAUGACAAAGAAUGCCCGAACCAACUCCUGUUCUCAGGGAAAGGAUCUUGCUGACGAAAACAGCUCCACAUCACCUAAGACACUUGCUGAAAUACUUUUGAACAGCACUAGGUUGGCAAAAUAACUGAGCAAACAAAAGUAAGACCUAAGGAGGCAAACAGCAAUGCUGGCCUGCUAGUGCAUGCAGCCACCUGUGUGUGGUCCAGUGCCUGCCCAGCACAGAGCUCAGCAGCCAGCCUCAGGAGACGGUGAGGAAGAGGAAGGAAGCGGCCCAGUGCCCAGAGAGCCAAGAAAAUGUGCCUGCCCUGGUGAGCACUGACAGCGCGCAUGCGCAGGGAAAACUGCUUCCUGACAUGUCUAACCACAGGCUGUCCCCACAGACCCACGGUCCAAGUUACCAACAUCCAUGCGGUGUACCUAGCGAAACUAGCAUCAAACUGUUUCUUCUGCAAGUACACCUGGACAAGUAAUGGACACAACAAUGCACAAAGCAAAUUAAACAGUCUUUCUGUGGCAAUGUAAUGUAAAACAAGACUUCAAGGGAUUCCCCAACUAGAGUAACAAAAUAUCACAG